UGAAAACCAAACUUGAGUUUAGUAUGCUCGACCAAUCGAUACCGCUCAAAACAGUUUCAUCCUCUAUCUGGCAUCAUGGGGCCAGAAACGACAUGGACACUCUUUCGCAGCGGCUUCCUGGCACAGUUCCAUUGGCUGAAGCGCUUGAGGACAGCAAAGCUGCGGCCUAAGCCGCUGCACUGGCUCGACGUCGUCCGUUGACCAGGCCACAUUUCCGUAUUUGCUUGCUGGCAUGUUUCGCCACGUCCUCGACUGCAUCCGACCCCAUGAGAUCACGCCACGGGAGCAUUGGAUUCCGGAUGAUGCGCGCACCACCUGCGCCAUGUGCAACGAACGCUUCUCGCUUUUCCGACACAAACACCAUUGCCGCACGUGUGGAGAUGUGGUAUGCAUGGACUGCGUCACAAAGAAGGUCGCCGUGAGUCCCACCGCCGACCCCGCCAACGUGAUCGUUUGCGUCUUGUGUCUUGCUCGACGGGAACGUCAGUUCCUCUUUCAACACUUGUCGGUUAGCGUGACGUCGCCGCAAGUCGCUGUGGACUUCAAUCAUCCCUUCCAAAACUCGUGCUUCAGCGAUGCCGAAGCCUCCCACGAUGGAACGACCAGUCGUAGGACACAACCAUCCAAGCGGCCCUCUUUCUUCCGCACCCUCGUGAGCCGCACCUUCUCCCGAUGGUAGUCGCCGCACAGGACUGGCUAUCGUCGUCGCCCAUCGGCAGCGAGUGGCAGUUCUAUCGAUUCCGUGCCUGUGAACCAGUCUACGUAUAAUCUAUUUAAUGCCAGUUUACAGUUCCACCCAA